GCUCCGCCCGGCCCGGCGGCGCCGCAGCCGGCAGCAUCGCGGCGGGACUGCCCGGGGAUGCAGCCGCGCUAAGAACAAAAGCCCUCAGCGCGCUCCGCUCCGGGGCUUUGAAGCGGCGCGGCCGAACUUGGAUCUCUGCCCCUCUCGGCCGAGCCGCGGCGGCGUCCGGGGCUGAACUCGCCGGCGCCUUCUCCCCGCACGCCGCGGGCAGCCGGGGCUCGCCCGCCCGCCGCCCUCGCCCGCCCGUCCCGCCGGGGCUGCCCGCGGAGGGGCCGCACCCGCGCCGCGGGACCUUGGCUUUGCCCUUCGCUCGGCAGGUGGCGGGGCCAGCGGAGAAGGAUGCGUGUCUUCCCGUGGGGAUUUUGGCUGCUGUGUGUCGCCUCCGCCCCGGCUCGCGGUGACAGCGGCAGCAAGGCGAGGAGCUGCGCCGAGGUCCGGCAGCUGUAUGGAGCCAAGGGCUUCAGCCUCAGCGGCGUGCCCCAGGCCGAGAUCUCCGGGGAGCACCUGCGAAUCUGCCCACAAGGCUACACCUGCUGCACCAGCGAGAUGGAGGAGAACUUUGCAAACAAAAGCCGAAGUGAAUUUGAAGCCAUGAUGAAAGAGGCUGGUCGCUCCGUGCAGGCCACCCUAACAGCACAGCACAGGAGCUUUGACAGUUAUUUCCAGGAUUUGUUGAACAAGUCAGAGAAGGCCCUUUAUGAUGCCUUUCCAAGCCUGUACGGAGAAUUGUACACUGAGAACGCCAAGGUGUUCAAGGACUUGUACAGCGAGCUGCGCCGCUACUACCGCAGCUCCAACAUCAACCUGGAGGAGGCCCUCAACGAGUUCUGGACACGGCUGCUGGAGAGGCUCUUCAAGCUGCUGAACCCCCAGUACCACAUCACAGACGAGUACCUGGACUGCAUGGUCAAACACGCCGAGCAGCACAAGCCCUUCGGGGAGGUGCCCAGGGAGCUGAAGCUGAAGGCGACGCGAGCCUUCAUCGCGGCGCGCUCCUACGCGCAGGGCUUCCUGGUGGGCAGCGACGUGGUCAGAAAGGUGUCUCAGGUGUCCCUGAGCCAGGAGUGCACCCGCGCCAUCAUGAAGCUGAUGUACUGCCCGCACUGCCGCGGCAUGGCCAGCGUGAGGCCCUGCAACAACUACUGCCUCAACGUGGUCAAGGGCUGCCUGGCCAACCAGGCCGACCUCAGCACCGAGUGGAAGUACCUGAUGGAUUCCCUGAUGGGCGUGGCCGAUCGCAUCGACGGGCCCUACAACGUGGACACUGUCAUAGGCACCAUCCACAUGAGGAUUGCUGAAGCCAUCUCCAACCUGCAGGAAAACAAGGAUUCCAUCACAAGCAAGGUAUUCCAAGGCUGUGGAAAUCCCAAAAUCAACACAAAAGGCUCCAGUAGUGAGGACAAGAAGAGACGGGGGAAGGUGACAUUGGAAGCCAAGUCCUCUGCCCAGGCCCUGGAGAUGCUGGUUUUAGAUGCCAAAGGGAAUCUGACAGCUCUCAAGACGUACUGGAUCACCCUGCCCAGCAGCCUGUGCAGCAAAAAAGUAAUGGCCAGCUCGGUGUCGGAUGACAAAUGUUGGAAUGGGAUGACCAAGGGCAGUUACCUGCCCGAGGUGAUGGGGGAUGGCCUGGCUAACCAGAUUAACAACCCAGAGGUGGAGGUGGACAUCACCAAGCCAGACAUGACCAUCCGCCAGCAAAUCAUGCAGCUCAAGAUCAUGACAAACCGCCUGGGCAACGCCAACAUCGGCAACGAUGUGGAUUUCCAGGACACCAGUGACGACAUGAGCGGCUCCGGGAGCGGGGACAGCUGUCCUGAUGACGUCUGUGGCAAAAGACUUUCUAAGAGCCCCAGCACCAGGCAGCCAGAAACACACGCAAUUCCUAAGCAGUCUGGACACGGUGUCAGUGGGGCCAGCAGCAGAUCUUUGCCUUCUGCCUCCCUCCUCCUCCUCGUCUCGGUGGCUGUCAUCGCCCCGCAGCACUUGUGGCGGUAACUCACUGGCACAGCCAGGACACAGACUGCGGCUGAGGGCUUCACUUUGCCAAAACCAACCAACCAACCAACAACCAACCAACCAAAGGACAUAUUUAAUUCACCUUGGCAAAAAAAAAAAAAAAAAAAAAAAGGAGGAGAAAAAGGUUUUCAGAAGGUUUCAGUUGUUUGCUAUUUCUGGCAGUGCUCGAGCUGUUUUCUUCUUUCUAGGUCUUUCCCCAGUGCUGGGCCCUUCUCUCCAUACCUCAUUGUUUUAUUUUUGUUAUUGCCACAGACUGGCUCUUGGGGCUGGAACCAGCCUUUGCAGAGGGCUCCCGGGGCACUGGGCCGAGCCCUCCAGGGCAGCUGUGCUGCUGCCUCAGUGGAAUAUGCAAUUAUGCAAUUGCCCUGCCCCUGUCCCUCCAGUGCCGCGGGCAGCGCCGGGAUCCUCGGCACGGCCCCCGUGCUGCAUCAGGGGCUCUCUGGGUUCUUCCUCUGUGCUUCCUAGCUGGGCAGAGAUGGCCCUUCACCUCCAGUGGGUUUGUAGGAGCGUGAGCAGGUUUGGUGGGUUGAACUGAACGAGUUUGGCAGUGGCUGUUGGACCCAAAAAUGCAGAACUCGCUUUUCUUUGGAAAGGUCACAAGUGGGUUUCUUGACUAGAGCUCGUAGCUGAGGACAAUUUGAAAUGUAGGUUUCCUACAUCUACGUGACUGGGAGUGAGUGGUAGGGGUUGGGGUUUGGGGUACUUUUUCUUUGCAUGCUAGUUGGAAAGCCAUUUUUUACCCAAGUAACAAUGGUCCAAUUUGUACCUGCAGUGCAGUACCAUUGUAGGUAACAGAGAGAUGCAAAUGUGCACAGUGGGAUUCUCUGUGUGACAGUUGUGCUGCCUCCUCCUUCUCUGGCCCCAGCCAUAGACAGGAAUCCAGGUUUUUUCUUGGUAAUAAGAGAGACCAGGGACAUUUUACUAACUGGAGCUUUGGGACUGCUUGUGCCCCUUAAGCAGCUGCCUUAGGGCAGAGAGGGGCUGGUGGGGACCACCAUGGGCCCUACCCAGGGCACUGGCUCAGGGGGAAUGUGAGAAAAGGAAACAUUUUGUUUGGGAUUUCUUUUUAUCUUUGGUGUUUGUUUCAGUUGUACUGUAGGUUUUUAAUGGAUUCCCACUUUCCCUGUUCCUUUCCCAUCAUCCAGUUCACCUUCCCUAACCCUGCAGGCACAGGCUGAGCCAGCAGCUCAUACACCCCUGGCAGCUCUGUUUGGGCUCAGGGCAGGGCCAGGCUCAUCCUUUGCUGCCCUGUCUCACCACUCACCAGCCUUUGGGUGAUGUGGGCAGCUGCCCUAACCCCAAAUUGCUCAGUGGGGUGGGCUCUGGGCCAGGUUUGAGACUGGGGGUGGUGAGUGAAGUUAUAAAUGUCCUCAUGUAGCUGUAGGAGUGUCUGUGCUUGUUAGGGUUGUGUGUUUGGGGCUUCCAGAGGCUUCUGUGCCUGAUGAGCAGCAAGGCUGGGCUGGAGCCAGAGGUGUAGCAGAUGCUGGGUACAGCACAGUCCCUGUGACUGCCUGGGCCAGCAGCACACAGGCUGGGUUUGAGCUUCACACAGGUUUGUACUGGGGUGAGAGGGAGGGCAGAGCUGGGCUGUCUCUUGCUUUUGCACAGCAUUUGAGCAUUUCUGCUCUGUCUUGCCAGAGGAGAUGUGCCUUUGGGCUGAGCAAACAUUAUGGGUUUGGGGUUUGGCUGUUUUCUAAGAAAGGGGAAAAAAAUUUAACAUGCAGUUUUCUGAAGUGUGCAAUUUAAGGAAAGAUGAGGACAUGAGCAAGGUAAUGCUGAAAGCCCAUUCAUUUCCUGCCCUCCCUGGGGCACAGUGGUGGCACUGAGGGUGCCUCAGACUAGGCAGAGAUUUUAGGCCAGCUUUGACCAGCCUCUCCAAGUCACAGUGAUUAAUGUCACUGACUGUGCAUCCUUUCUGCCUUGGCCUCACCUUCCUGAAAGGCAAAAAUCACCUGACCUGAUCUGGUUGGGUGUCAGAAAUGAACACGGUGCUGGACAAUGGCUGAGGGACAGACAGUGCCACUACACCCAUCAGAGCCCUGGAGAGGAUAAAUGUAAGCAGUGGUUUUGUCUAGGUUUAUUUACUCCUAGACAUAUGACAAAUUCACAUGAUUUUUACUGCUCUAAAGAGUUCCUAACUUUUCUUUUUAACUUUUUAAAUCAGAAUUGCAAAUACAAAUAUAACCUUCAGUUACAACAACCCCCACAACCAAUUCUGCAGAAGCUUUACAUCCAAAGGGAAAAAAAAAAGCUGGGGGAGGGAGGAAAAAUUAAAACAUUGUAUCCUCAUCAAAACACAGCUGGGUUGGGGUUUUAACACAUGGAUGCUGAGGUCAGUGGUUUGCUGUGCAGAAUGGGAGCUUGAAAGUCACUUCCAUUUCUGUGCAAUUACUUUUUGCUGUCUGCCUGUUAUCCUCAAAAGCUUCUUAUGGCCCCCUCCACAUCUUAAAUGUGAAGCCAGGAAUUUACUGAUUAUCCAGUUAGUAUUUUAACAAUUUAAUAGCCCCAACUAGUGGUUCUGUUAAAAGAUAAAAAACUGAUAGUGCAAAUUAAUAAGGCAAAGCCUCGAAGAAACAGUAAAAUCUGUCAUGCAGGGGAAACCCUUCCUGAAGCCUUCACCUCUGGGCUGGGUUGAGCCACAUCCCUCCUGCCCCUGAGGGUGGCAGCUGCCCCCGUCCAGGAGCCAGGCCAGGUGAGCCAGGAGAGCAGCCUGAGCUGGGGGCAGUGCAGGGGCUCGGCCCCUCUGUGCCCAGCAGUGCUCAGUGCUGGCCCUGUGUCCUCUGGGGUUCAUUUUUACAUCUGCCCCUGGUCAGCCUACACUGCUGCUUUUUGUUGCUCCCUGGUUACUCAGUUUUUCUGUUCUCCCUUGCCCUGAAGUUGUUUCCCCAGCUGCUGCCAUUAAGUGCCCUGGGGUUUUUUGGCUGUGCCACCUUCCCCAGGAGAAAGCCCCCCGGAUAUCAACUCCAAACUAAAGCAAACUGAAAUUACUGCUGACUAAACUACCACUGGUGUGGCUGAACAAGCUGAGAUGAACCCAGGUCCAGACAAGUCCCAAGCCUGUGGUUGGGCUGAUGCAGAACCUGGGGCCUUUCAGUGCUCAUAAAUGACAUUUCCUGGGCUCCUGCCUGCUGGAAAACACUGUGACACCUCCCCGUGGCUGCUCUGGGCUGGCUGCAUGAGGGGAUCUCUGAGGAACUGGGCUGGCUGGGGAGAAACAUCUGCUUCCAUGCUGUUGAGAUGGUGAUCCAUCGUGUUCUGGUGUGAAAAGGCCUCACACUUGGCAGGUGUAUGGAGGGGGUAGUGGUGUAGGAAAAAUAUAUACAAAGGCCCAAUCCCUGGGAAGGGGAGAACCAUAAAUGGUGGAUUUCCAAGUGUCUCUGUCUUUCAGCCUGCUCUUUGUGCCAUAACGUGUAUGUUUUAAACAAUGGUGAGGGUCUCAAAAGGCUUUGAGAGCACAGCUACUUCUCAUUUACAGAUGACAAGCUGCCUGUUGUUUUCUGGUGGGCUUGGUAGGGGCUAAGGUAUAGCAGAAUAUCUAAAGUCCACCUUUGCUUUAAACAGAUGCAUUUCUAUCUGCAGGAGUAAGAAUUAUUUCACUUAUCAGCAUAGCUGGACAGUUAUCUAUUUCUUUCUGUUACCAAGGUACUUGUAACUCUCUUGCACUGUUUAUCUAAAGUUGAAAUAUGUUCUUUGAAUCCUUGUAUAAAUAAAAAGGCUGGAGACAAA